UCCUUCUCUCUAUCAAAGACACGAGAUCUUCACCGGGUGAAGACCAUGCAGAUCUUUGUCAAAACCCUCACGGGUAAAACCAUUACUCUUGAGGUUGAACCAAGUGAUUCCAUCGAGAAUGUGAAAACUAAAAUCCAAGACAAGGAAGGUAUUCCUCCUGAUCAGCAACGGCUUAUUUUUGCUGGCAAGCAAUUAGAAGAUGGAAGAACUCUUUCUGACUACAACAUCCAGAAAGAAUCCACUCUCCAUCUUGUGUUGAGGCUGCGUGGUGGGGUUAUUGAACCCAGUUUGCGCCUUUUGGCACAGAAAUAUAACUGUGAUAAAAUGAUCUGCAGGAAGUGCUAUGCCCGUCUGCAUCCUCGAGCAGUCAACUGCCGCAAGAAGAAAUGUGGUCACAGCAAUAACCUUCGACCAAAGAAGAAGCUUAAGGGCUAACUCAUUGGCUUUAUUAUGUCAACUGUUGAACUUUGAUUUCAUCUGUGCUGUGGAAGUAUUCUUGGCAAUAAAUAACUUACAAACUA